GUGUCGAAUUUAUUAUUGAUGUUUCUAUGUUGCACUUUCAUGUUCUCGUUUUUAUUUGGGUUUACAUUAUCCCAUCAUUUGCUCGUCGUAUUGCAACCACCACAGACAAGAAUAAUUUUUACUUGAUUUCUUUUGUAAACAUCUUGGCGGGACUCGAGGGUGGGGUUGGGAACUGUGUUCCUGCUGGUACCUAUUUACGCUUGUAAUGUCGAUCAUACUGCGCUGGGUAAUAGAAUCUGUUGACGGAUCUUGCCUUUGAUGUGUGAUCGACGUAACUUGCAAGUUAGUGGGACGGACAUCGGAAGGCGUGGGACCGUGGAUGCGUCGGUGUGCACGACGAUUCUCCUCCAGACCCGGGACUGGGCAGGACAAAUGAACGCCCAUUUCCCAAACCGGCAUUUGCCGAUCUUGUCAUCCUCGAUGAGCGGUGUCGCCCUGAAAAAAAUCCUCGUCGUCGGAGGGAACGGCUUCAUCGGCUCUGCAGUCUGUCGCGCCGCGUUGGCAAAGGGCAUGCAGGUCACGUCUGUGAGCUCGUCUGGGCGCCCAUACCGUACGCCCAAGGGCCACAGCCCAACAUGGACAGAAAAAGAAAGUCGCUCUCUUUCGUUUUCUCACGAAGACGACACCUUGACCGCAUGCGAGUGUGCUCUGCAGGACGCCAACGGGGUAGUGCAUACGCUUGGGACGCUCCUUGACGACGGCAAAUACAAGACCGCGGUAAACGAAGGGAGCCUUUCCGGCCUAGUGGGGAGUUUGAUUGGCUCGCAGAACCCCUUGGAGAAGAAGACGACUAGCGGGUACGAGAGCCUCAACCGUGAUGCUGCGCUCCGAGUUUGUGAAGCUUUUGUGAAUUCCGGGCCAGCAGAGGGCCUCUCACGUCGUCCGUUCGUAUACAUAUCAGCAGAGGAUAUUUUUCGACCCAUUAUUCCCGCCCGAUACAUUGAAACCAAACGCGAAGCAGAAGCAGGAAUCGACAGCCUUGUGUCUCAGAAACCUGGCCAAUUCCGUGGUGUCUACAUUCGACCCAGUCUCGUCUAUCAUGCGCACUUUCGCCCCCUAAGCACACCAUUUGCGGCGCUCCUUGAGUUUUCCGCUGUCAUGCAUUCCAAGGUUCCUCGCGGGAUCCCGACGCCCUCAAGUGUACUUCGUUCGAUAGGGUCUGCAUUGGCAGUACCAGAAGUGACGAACAGCAUGUCGAAUGCUCUCACCAUUCCACCCAUCCAUGUCGACCAUGUUGCCGAGGCAGUCUGUGUGGCGCUGGAGAAUGAUGCAGUUAGUGGGGCAGUUGGGGUAAGGGAGAUGCGAGAAAUGAUAGGAUGGAUGGCUACACCUAGCGACGGAUCAUUGAAUGGAGCACACUGAAUAAAUUUCUGCCAAUUACAUCUAACUCUUAUUUGGCUGUACAGCAACAUUCGGACUUGACUCGAUCACCUGGCCUAGGCCUCCCCGUAAGCUAGCUGACUCAGGGGCUGCCCCAAACUUUACCGUCUGUUAUUUAUUUAUUACCAACACUACUUGUCCCAAUUUCUUUCCCCGCCUACCCCGCUCCAGUCUUCAUGUUGUCCUUCCCAGUCGCGAGACCGCGUUCAGCGACGGUGACAGUGACCAAGAGACUCCUCUCGUCGACG